AUGUCUGCAGAGAGCUGGUGUCUCAGGGUGUGUGUGGUCGGGACGGUGGCUCGGGUUCAGGGUCAGUACCGGGUCCAGAAGAUCACCCAGCUGAAGAUAGACAACAACCCGUUCGCCAAAGGAUUCCGUGACAACUACGAUACGCCCUACGCCCCCCUGGACAGCGAGCGCCUCACCCCCUCCCCUCUCGGCGAGAGCCAGCAGCUGUUGCCCGGGACCUGCUACCCCCAGGCCUACCUCUCGGACCAGUACAUGAGCCCCCCCCAGGCUCGCCUCUACGGCCGCGAGCCGCUCGGCAUGGGCCAGCAGCCCAAGGACCCCUCCCCCGGCCCCCACGGCCGCACCUGGUACCUGUCCCCCCAGCAGAACAUGGCCCCCGGCCGCCUGGACUUCCCCUCCUCCUACGAGACGGACUUCACUGGCAACGGCUUCUACAAGUCCUUCCCCCUGCAGACGCCGGCCCCCCACCACCCCCACCACCACCACCACCACCACCCGGCGCUGGGCUACUACCCCGACCACACCUUCGCCUCCCCGGGCGUGGCCGUCUCCGGGGGCUCCCCGGGGGGCUGGUCCGCCGGCCGGCCCUCCUCGCAGUACCUCAGCCCCCACAGUAAGCCCCCCCCCAGCCUGGGCUGGUUCCGGCCCGUGUCCUCCUCCUCCGCCUCCUCUAACUCCUCCUCCUCCACGUCGCCCGGCGGCGCCCGGCUGCCCCCCUCGGGCCCCGCCCUCCUGGAACCCCUCCCCCGGGGGCCCGGCCCUCAGGAGAAGGCCAAGGAGGGGGGCGGCGGGGGGGUGCCGGGCGAGGACCCCUGGCUGGAGCCCCACUCGGUGAAGUCGGUGGACUCGGCCGACUCGGGACUGUUCGAGGGGGGCGGGGCCGAGAGCAAGAAGAGGCGGGUCUCGCCGUACGCGUCCAGCACGGAGAACUCGCCGCCCAUGCGCGGCGGCGGCGGCGGCGGCGGAGAGGCCUGCGAGAAGGACGGCGCCGGUGACGCCGGGUACUUCGGCUUCUACUCCCACUGA